AUGUUCUGGAUUCAUUGGAUUUGGGUUUGUUUUAUGCUUAUAUACGAACUUCCGAGACUGAUUACCCACAAGGUAUUCUGGAGAAACAGAAACGCAAGAACGCAGAGUCGAAAAGAGUCACAACGUUUGGGAUAUCCAUCAGUUGUAUCAGUAUUUCAGAACCUUUCGAAAGAAAAGAGAGACCAACUUGCGGACAAGUGUCCAUUUUUUAAUCAACUAGACAAACGGAUACCGUAUCAUUGGGAUUGCGUAGGACACAUUGUGUUCGAUUUAUUCUUCAAGACCUGGAAAUUGCGUCACUAUUAA